AAUGACUGGAUAAAGAUGUAUACAGGAAGAUGUGUAUUCUUGGAUGUUCAACUUCCUCCUCUCCGAAGAAGAAGACAAACCAAAGGGGACUUGUAAAUCUGUUUCUUAAUGUCUGGAUAAAGCAGCUGUAUACAGGAAGAUGUGGAUUUUCAUCAAAUCACUGUUGUAGGAUGCAAGUAAUAUAAAAAAAUAUAGAUGACCUUCUGUCACCACAGACUCUGCAUCUCUGGCUUAGAAUCAUAGAAUAAUAGAGUUGGAAGAGAUCACAUGGGCCAUUUAGUCCACUCCCCUGCCAUGCAGGAAAAGCACAAUCAAAGCACCCCCAACAAAUGGCCAUCCAGCUUCUGUUUAAAAGCCUCCAGGGAAGGAGCUUCCAUCACACUCCGAGGCAGAGAGUUCCACUGCUGAACAGCUUUACAGUCAGGAAAUUCUUCCUCAUGUUCAGGCUAAACAUACAGCUCUUUAAGAUGAUCAUGAUAUCCAGAUUUUUGAUCAUUUAGUCGCCUUCCUUUGGACACCUUCCAGCUUGUCAAUGACUCUUUUGAACUGUAGUGCCCACAAUUGGACACAGUAUUUCAGUAACUAUGAAGGGAUUAUAUUGGAAGCAAAAUUCAUCUGGAGAAGAAACAAAUUUUGUCUUCUUAGAAAAGGAUAACCUUCCUGUUGUGAAAGACAACUAUGUGAAAGUGCGAGUUAGAGCUUGCGCUCUUAGCCGAAUUGACACCAAGCUUUUGUCAGAUAUCAAGCUGGAAAAGGAAUUUCUGCCUGUUGGGAGGGAAGUUGCUGGUGUUGUGUUGGAAAUUGGAAAUAAAGUGUCCUCUUUCCAGCCCAAUGAUGAGGUAGUUGGAAUUUUGCCACUGGAUUCUGAAGAGUCUGGUUUGUGUGAAGUUAUUCUCAUCCAUGAACAUUAUCUAGCCCAUAAACCAGAAAAGAUAUCCUGGACUGAAGCAGCAGCGACUCUUCGUGAUGGUGUCCGUGCGUACACAGGUCUACAUUAUCUUUCCUAUGUGUCUACAGGCAAAACUCUGCUAGUAAUGAAUGGAGCAAGUCCAUUUGGUACAAUAGCUAUUCAGUUAGCACAACACAGAGGAGCCAAAGUCAUUGCUACAGUGUACAGUCUUGAAGACAAACAGUAUCUUCAGAGGCUUACACCUUCUGUAGCUCGUAUUAUAGAUGAAUCGAAUGGAAAGUAUGACCUGACGGAAAGUUGUCUAGAAGAAACAGGUGGAUUGGGAGUUGACAUCAUCCUUGAUGCAGGAGUGAGAUCACACAAUAAGGAAGAUAAAGUAGCUUCACAAGAAUUAUUGCCACACAAACAUGACAUCAUUACACUACUGAGUGUUGGAGGUCACUGGGUUACCAUGGAAGAAAAUCUUCAGUUGGAUCCUCCAGAUAGUCGAUGUCUUUUCCUCAAAGGUGCUUCGGUCUCUUUUCUAAAUGAUGAAGUGUGGAAUUUGUCAAAUAUGCAACAAGGGAAGUACCUCUGCAUUUUGGAAGAUAUAAUGGAAAAGUUGUCAAGUGGCAUUUUCAGGCCGCUGUUGGAUGAGCCAAUCCCAUUAUAUGAAGCUAAAGUUUCUAUGGAAAUGGUGCAGAAGAAUCAAGCAAGAAAAAAACAAGUUGUCCAACUGUGAAGUUUUUGAGAUAGUAUGAUUGCAUAUAAAACAAUGUUGUUCAGUGAAUUUUAGCUAAACUUGUAGUUAGCAACUGAAAGAUCCUUUAAAGUUUUGAUGAAAAAACUGAAGUUUCUUAUCAGAGCGUUAAUGUUUCUGUCACCAUAUAUAAGAGUAAAUUUCUAUUAGGAAUCAUGAUAUAGUUCCCCAUGUUUCUCUUCGUUCCUUCUUUCAUUUUGGAACUCUUAUACAUAAAAAGGCAACAUCUGUUUUUCUCUACUGUAUUAUUUCUAUAUGGUGUUUUUGCUUGUUUAUGUGGAAUUUCAAUACAAGAGAAGAAAAAUCCUAUUAAAAUUGUGAAACCA